AUGAUGGCAGGAAUGAAAAUCCAGCUUGUGUGCAUGCUGCUUCUGGCAUUCAGCUCCUGGAGUCUGUGCUCAGAUUCAGAAGAGGAAAUGAAAGCAUUAGAAGCUGACAUAUUGACCAAUAUGCGUACAACAAAGACCAGUAAAGCAAAUGUUCCCUCUUGGAAAAUGACCCUCCUCAAUGUUUGCAGUCUUAUAAAUAACCUGAAUGGCCAAACUGAGGAAACCGGAGAGGCUCCUGAAGAAGAAAUUGUUAUAAGAAGGAAACUGCCUAUGGUUUUAGAUGGCUUCAGUUUGGAAGCGAUGCUGACCAUAUACCAGCUCCAAAAAAUCUGUCACAGCAGGGCCUUUCAACACUGGGAGAUAAUUCAGGAAGAUAUUCUUGAUAACGGAAAUGACAAAAAUGAGAAGGAGGAAGUCAUAAAGAGAAAAAUCCCUUACAUUCUGAAAAGGCAGCUGUAUGAGAAUAAGCCCAGGAGACCCUACAUACUCAAAAGGGGUUCUUACUACUACUGAGAAGAUAAAUAGUUACUAACAUGUGCUUGUGACUAUUAGUGUUUAACUAAAUAUUUAAC